ACUAACGAACAGUGGGGCGACAAGAGAGUGCCACAUGGCCUUAGAAUCCCCAUCAUUGGUUUGGUGCACAAACCUUCUUCUCCAUGGAUUGGUUCCUAAUCCUCCUCCUCCAUCACCACUCACUCACUCUCUCUCUUUCUCUCCUCUUUUUCUUCUCCAUUGUGAAAAGAAAACCCAAUACAAAAGAUCAAAGAAAUCUCAUUAUUCUUUCCUAAUUUUUGCCAACUCUCUUAAUACUUGCACACAACAAUGACUUCAACUGUGUUCUACACUUCACUAAACCCAUCAACAACGCUUUUCUCAAGAACCCACUUCCCAAUUCCUAUCUCUAGAGAUUUCUCGCUUGAAUUAUUACACCCUGUGAACUCUAAUUACGGUUUCAGAACCAAAGAGAAUGGGCGGAUGAAGAGGAUGACAAAGCCCAAAGUCAGUGUGUCGGAAGCCCCGCCGGAACGAAGCAGCGCCGCCGAAGUUGAUGGGAACUCGAAGAAGCUAAGGGUUCUGGUGGCCGGGGGUGGGAUUGGUGGGUUGGUUUUCGCGUUGGCGGCGAAGAGGAAGGGUCUUGAUGUGAUGGUGUUUGAGAAGGAUUUGAGUGCAAUUAGAGGGGAGGGACAGUACAGGGGUCCAAUUCAGAUACAGAGUAACGCCUUGGCUGCUUUGGAAGCCAUUGAUUUGGAGGUUGCUGACGAGGUUAUGAAGACUGGCUGCAUAACUGGUGAUCGGAUUAAUGGAUUGGUUGAUGGUAUUUCUGGUAAUUGGUACUGCAAGUUUGAUACAUUCACUCCUGCGGCGGAACGGGGGCUUCCGGUCACAAGAGUUAUUAGUCGCAUGACUUUGCAACAAAUUCUAGCUUGUGCUGUGGGGGAAGAUGUUAUUAUGAAUGACAGUAACGUUGUUAAUUUUGAGGAUGAUGGUGAUAAGGUUACUGUGAUUCUUGAGAAUGGACAACGUUAUGAAGGUGAUCUUCUAGUUGGUGCUGAUGGAAUAUGGUCAAAGGUGAGGAAAAAUUUGUUUGGAUUCAAAGAAGCCACAUAUUCAGGCUACACUUGUUACACUGGUAUUGCAGAUUUUGUGCCUGCUGAUAUUGAGACUGUUGGGUAUCGAGUAUUUUUGGGACACAAACAAUACUUCGUGUCUUCAGAUGUUGGUGCAGGAAAGAUGCAGUGGUAUGCAUUUCACAAUGAACCACCUGGCGGUGUAGAUGGUUCCACUGGUAAAAAGCAAAGGUUGCUGAAGAUAUUUGAGGGUUGGUGUGAUAAUGUGAUAGAUCUGUUGCUUGCCACUGAUGAAGAUGCAAUUCUUCGACGGGACAUAUAUGACCGCGCACCAACUUUUAACUGGGGAAAGGGUCGUGUAACCUUGCUUGGGGACUCUGUCCAUGCAAUGCAGCCCAAUUUGGGUCAAGGUGGAUGCAUGGCCAUUGAGGAUAGCUAUCAGCUGGCAAUGGAGCUUGAUAAGGCUUGGGAGCGAAGCGUCGAGUCAGGAAGUCCUAUAGAUGUUGUCUCUUCUCUGAGGAGCUAUGAGGAUGCAAGAAGACUACGGGUUGCUGUUAUCCAUGGAUUGGCACGAAUGGCUGCAAUCAUGGCCUCAACUUACAAGGCAUAUUUGGGUGUAGGCCUUGGCCCAUUAUCGUUUUUGACAAAGUUUAGGAUACCACAUCCAGGAAGAGUUGGAGGGAGAUUUUUUAUCGACCUUGCAAUGCCUUUAAUGUUGAGUUGGGUCCUCGGCGGUAAUGGCUCAAACCUUGAUGGGAGAUCAUUAAGUUGCAGACUCUCAGACAAAGCAAAUGAUCAAUUAAGAAAUUGGUUUGAAGAUGAUGAUGCUCUUGAGCGUGCUGUUAAUGGAGAGUGGUGCCUACUCCCAUAUGGAAAUGCAGAUGGUGCUUUGAAACCUAUUUUCUUAAGUAGGGAUGAAAAACAACCUUGCAUAAUUGGGAGUGUAUCACAUGCAGAUAUUCCUGGAAUGUCAGUAACCUUGCCUUUGCCUCAGGUUUCCAAAAUGCAUGCUCGAAUAAGCUGCAAGAAUGGUGCCUUUUUCGUGACAGAUUUGCGGAGCGAACAUGGUACCUGGCUCAGAGAUAAUGAAGACAAGCAGUAUCGGGUGCCUUCCAACUUUCCUACACGUUUCCGUCCAUCAGACAUUAUCGAGUUUGGUUCUGAUAGGAAGGUAGCGUUCCGGGUAAAGGUGGUGAAGGAUCCACAAAAGAUUGCAGAGAACAAGGAAGUGGGUGGAAUUCUACAGGCUGUAUCAUAAGUUUCAACUAGCCCUUUUUUUAGUUGAGAUACAAGAAAUUGUACAGCAUUCAUUCGGGGCAGCGGAGCCAGGUAAAGCCUGCCGGAAUUUGUGUAAUGUAGAUCCUUAUAGUGCCAUACAUGAGAAAGAGACUCGUGAUUUUCUUCAAGUUGGAGCUGAAAUGAAAUUGUCAGUUUUCUUUCUUGAAAUGCUGAAAUUUGUAAAUACAAGUAUAGAAAGAGAGAUCCAUAUAUAAUUUUUUUCUUCUUGCAAUUCAAUGGUUUGUCUUGUUGACUAUUUUAGUC